GUAUAUUGCAGCCAUGUGCAAGACGGUCGGCUUUGGUCAGGAAUUAACGCACUUGGAAAAUGAGACCAAAGAUUCAAAGACACAGAAGUCGGUACGGAUCAUACGGACUCAGAAUCCAAAUCACUUCACUUCUCUUGAGAUGAUCGCUGCAUUGCUAAACUGCAUAUGUGGAUGCAGCUGCAAGAGAAGAUGGGUACGGGGAGUGCUGAUAUGUACAUACGCUGCCUUUGGAGUUUUAAUGGUGAAUAUCACCCUGACCAUUGUGGCGGCCGCCGUGUCGGUCGCCGGCCAUAGCCAGCGGACGAUGAGCUCGGCCACCAUCUACAAGUACAGUUGCGACCGAACAAAGGCGUAUACGACGGGUCUGCAUCUGCUGAUCAACGUCCUCAGCACAAUCAUUCUCGGGGCCAGUAGCUACUGUAUGCAGUGCUUGACUGCGCCUUCUCGUGCCGAUGUCGACCGCGCACAUGGGCAGCGUGUGUGGCUGGACAUCGGGGUCGCCAGCGUGCGGAAUCUGGCAUGGGCGGAUUGGCCUCGACUCACCUUGUGGCUGGUACUUCUUGUAACCUCUUUUCCCAUUCAUUUGAUGCAGUACGAUGUCCAACUGGCAUCGGCAGAUUUCGAUUUUAAUCGCCUACCGGCCCAUUAUAACUCCUCGUACGAGGAGUGUUUUGAGUCAAACACGACAAGGAGCAUGUCCAGUUUUUAUGCGGAUCUUCCUAGCUUCGAAAAUCUGACCAAAGAGGAAUGUGUCCGCAACCUCUUGAGUGUUCUUGACCAAUGGGUCGCCUCGCCCCCCGUGGAGAGGCCACAGUACUCAGUCGAAUAUUGCUUGAGUCGGAAGCUCACCGAGCAAUGUGAGCUGCAGUUCAGCCCGGCGAUCUGCUUGGUAGUGAUUGUUUGCAAUAUUAUAAAGGUUCUGUGUAUGUCAUUAACGGCCUUAAGCAAUCGGACGGACAUCUUCCUGACUGUUGGAGAUGCUGUGGCGUCGUUUCUGAGUAGACCUGAUCCAUCCAUUGAGCGGAUGGGCUUGGUAUCUCGGUCGAAUCUGUUCUCUGGACCACAGCCUUGGCCAUCGUUCCGGAGGGACUAUUUGCAACUCGCGGUAAAGGAUACAUCGCGACUCCCACUGUGGGCAACCCUUCCGCCUCGCCAGCGAUGGACGCGAGCCUUGCCUACCAGCCAGUGGAUAGCGACAAUUAGCGUGUACGUGCGACGACAUUUUGCGCUUAAGCUGGGGUUCGGCUCGGCCACGCCUUAUACAAUUGUCUUAGCAACUGAAUCGUCGAACGUCAUUCACAUGGCACUUCUUGCCAACACCCCCCAGAUUUUUAUCUCGGUCGGUUAUUUCCUGUACAACAACCUCGUGACGCACAUGCUUUUGGUUGCAGAAUACGACGACUACGCGAGCCAGCGGAAGCCACUCCGCGUGUCCUGGCCCCAGGGCUCCCAACGAUCGUCUUACUAUCUCAGUCUUCCCUAUCGCUACAACAUUCCCCUUAUGGUUGCCUCAAUGCUCCUACAUUGGCUGGUGGCUGGUAGUUUGUUCUUCUUCCAAAUAAAUUCAAUUGACGCGCAGGGAGAGACUGUGGAUGCGUUAAAGCUCAUUGGCUGCGGUUAUGGGCCGAUUGCCAUUGUUUUCGCGCUUAUUCUAGGGGGAAUGAUGACGUGUACUGUAGUGGGUCUAGGCAUGAGACGUUUUACAUCACAGAUGCCCAUUGCAGGCAGCUGCAGUGCAGCAAUCAGCGCUGCAUGUCAUCCAAUAGAGGGCUGCGAGGAGACUCUUGUAGAGAACAAGGACAAAGACAGGACUCAGUUACAGUCGCAACGCCUACAGCCCGCAAAUCAAUCACUAGUGCAUCCUUUUAAGGACAUGACGUUAUUUUGUCUGUAG